AUGCCGCAGAACGAAUAUAUGGAGCAGCACCGUAAACGCUUCGGCGAGCGUCUGGAUGCCGCCGAACGCAAGCGGAAGAAGGCCGCACGUAUGCCUCACGAGCGAUCAAAGACAGCGCGUAAACUACGGGGAAUAAAGGCAAAGAUAUUCAACAGGAAGCGUUUUGUAGAGAAGGCUCAGAUGAAGAAAACCAUAAAACAACAUGAGGAGAAAGAAGGCAAGCAGAAGGAGCCGGAGACCGUGCCGGAAGGCGCAGUUCCUUCUUACUUGUUGGACAGAGAAGGUGUUUCGCGAACUAAGCUGCUGACAAAUAUGAUUAAACAGAAGAGAAAAGAAAAAGCCGGAAAGUGGCAAGUGCCCAUUCCCAAGGUCAAAGCCAUGACCGAAGAAGAAAUGUUUAAAGUACUCCGAACAGGGAAGAGGAAGAAGAAGAUGUGGAAGCGCGUGAUAAACAAGGUGUGUUUCGUGGGGGAGGACUUCACGAGAAAACCGCCGAAGUUUGAACGAUAUAUCCGUCCAACGGGUUUGCGAUUUAAGAAGGCGCAUGUGACGCACCCAGAAUUGAAGGCAACAUUUCAGUUAGACAUCGUGAAAGUCAAGAAAAAUCCCCAGUCUCAGCUUUACACCUCCCUUGGGGUUAUCACCAAAGGUACCAUCAUAGAGGUGAACGUUAGCGAGUUGGGAUUGGUGACGCAGACAGGCAAAGUAGUUUGGGCCAAAUACGCACAAGUCACCAACAACCCCGAGCUAGACGGAUGCAUCAACGCGGUUCUUCUGGUUUAA